CAGCUGACAGGCAGCAGCCUAUCCCGGCAGCGAGCUCAGGCUAACCGCCACAGUGUGGUGCCCCGCUUGUCAAGGAGCUGCUGCUGGAGGAUCCGAAGGGGAGCAAGGGCGGCUACGUUUGUGCAAUGCCGAAUAAAACGAAAAAAGAGAAGGAGUCCCCUAAGUCUGGAAAAGUGGGCAAGAGUGGAGGACAAGAGAAUUCAGAGCAUGAGCAGGGCUCCAACAGGAAGGGCAGCAACAGUCUUCCUCCUACCACUCAAUUGCUAAAGGGGAAGCAGUCAGGUUCCCAGACACCUGUCAAAAAAGACAAGAGGCAGAGCUCCUCUCGCUUCAGCCUGAGCAACAACAGGGAGCUACAAAAGCUACCGGCUUUCAAAGAUGUUCCCCCUGCAGAGCAGGAGAAACUGUUCAUCCAGAAGCUGCGGCAGUGCUGCGUCCUCUUCGAUUUUGUCUCAGACCCUCUGAGUGACCUGAAAUGGAAGGAAGUGAAACGGGCAGCGCUGAGCGAGAUGGUGGAGUACAUCACGCACAACAGGAAUGUCAUCACAGAGCCCAUCUACCCAGAGGUGGUCCACAUGUUUGCUGUGAAUAUGUUUAGGACAUUGCCACCAUCAUCGAACCCCACAGGAGCUGAGUUUGACCCAGAGGAAGAUGAGCCCACGCUAGAGGCUGCAUGGCCGCACCUACAGCUUGUCUAUGAAUUCUUCCUUCGGUUCUUAGAGUCACCAGACUUUCAACCAAAUAUAGCCAAGAAGUAUAUUGACCAGAGGUUUGUAAUGCAGCUGUUAGAACUAUUUGACAGUGAAGAUCCUAGGGAAAGAGACUUCCUAAAGACCACUCUACAUCGCAUCUACGGGAAGUUCUUGGGUCUGCGAGCAUACAUCAGGAAACAGAUUAAUAACAUAUUUUAUAGAUUCAUUUAUGAAACUGAACACCAUAACGGAAUAGCAGAAUUACUGGAGAUAUUAGGCAGCAUAAUCAAUGGAUUUGCAUUGCCAUUGAAAGAGGAGCACAAGAUAUUCUUGUUGAAGGUUCUGCUGCCUUUACACAAAGUCAAGUCUCUUAGUGUUUAUCACCCACAGCUGGCCUACUGUGUGGUGCAGUUCCUAGAGAAGGAUAGCACCCUAACAGAACCGACGGUGAUGGCAUUGUUGAAGUACUGGCCAAAGACCCAUAGUCCAAAGGAGGUGAUGUUCCUCAAUGAGCUGGAGGAGAUCCUGGAUGUCAUUGAACCCUCUGAAUUUGUGAAGGUCAUGGAGCCCCUCUUCAGACAGCUGGCCAAGUGUGUGUCCAGCCCACACUUUCAGGUGGCAGAGCGAGCUCUGUACUACUGGAACAAUGAGUACAUCAUGAGUCUGAUCAGUGACAAUGCCGCCAGGAUUCUGCCCAUCAUGUUUCCAGCCCUUUACCGCAACUCCAAGACCCACUGGAACAAGACAAUCCACGGGUUGAUCUACAAUGCUCUGAAACUCUUUAUGGAGAUGAACCAGAAGUUGUUUGACGACUGCACCCAGCAGUUCAGAGCAGAGAAAAGCAAAGAGAAAGCCAAGUGGAAAGAGAGAGAAGAAGCGUGGCUGAAAAUCGAGAAUCUGGCAAAGUCAAACCCACAGUUCCUGUUGUACAUUGAUUCGACAGGUUUGGGUAGUCCAGUGGACAUGGAGACAGAUGGCCCACUGCUAGAUGAUGUCCAAAUGCUAAAGAAAACAGUAGAGGAGGAAGCCACACAGCUCCAGAAGGAUCAGCGCAAGGACCGUCCACUGAUGCGGAGGAAAUCAGAACUUCCCCAGGACAUCUCCACCGUUAAAGCCCUGGAGACGCACCGGAGAGCCGAGGACAUGUUGACGACACAUGACGGCCACUAAGAGACCACCUUAGAUCACCGUAAACCAGCAGCAGCAUCCACAGAGGAACCACAGGCCCGCGGCGGCCCAGGCCAGCACAACAACACAACUACGGUAUCUCAAUCCAGCCCAGCACAACACAGAACUGAACUCGAGAGUCCCAGCUCCACCUGACACUGAAAAUACCUUUAGCCAGACAUCCCAGUCUGGUGCAGCUGUAAUUCUUUCGGGACAAGUGGUGCUCGGCCCUGACCGAUUCCCCCCUGCCCCCCUAGCUGUGGUCCAGCAGAGAUGUCAGUGGUGCUGGACAGUCCCGCAUGACUAGAACAUGCACCGUGCCCUGAACCUCACCCGACAUAGUGUUUUUGACUCUCUCCUCCCUCCCUCUUUUCCUCUCUUCCUUUCCUGUCAACUCGUUAAUGUUUUAGGGGUGCUGUGUUGCCCCCCUCUGGUCAUUUCUCUCAGGUGUUCUGUUCUUCUGUGUGUGAGCUGUCUUUUUUCUUGCCUCCUCUUUAUAGAUGUCAGGUGCUUGUACAAAUAAUAUGAGCCCCCAGCUGUAACCUCAACAGAGGAUGUCUUUAAUUGAAAAAAUCAGUUGAUAAUAAAAAUGUCAAUUGUUUAUAUUUAACAUUAGCUAUUUUUCUCAUAAUAUUUAAACUAGACAGCUGUUUAUAUUUUUUCCUACAUAGUAUGAAUAUUAUGAGCUCUCCGCACCUUAGCAAGGAGCCUAAAACACAUUUCCCAUCUGUGUAGCUGUUACUCCCAGUCACUGUCCGCAUCCUGUGACGAUUUAUGGAUGUUGUUGUUAAUCAGGACAGGGUCAUCUGGGACUCGCCAAUAGAGUGCAUCUGUGUCUGGAUUAAAAGCGUUGUAACACAGUUGUGUUCAUCCAAAAGUGCUGGCCUGACAGAGGUCCAAGUUCCAGGUUUUUCCAUCCAGUGGAUCUCUGUUCCUAUGUAGAAGUCUAGUUUGGUGCCAACUUCACUUAACUUAGUGUUUUGUUUUUUUGUUGUUUUUUUUUUUUCUAAACAGAAUUUUCUAAUCUGUAGGCCGUAAGUUAAUACAGGUUGCGGUGUGUGUUGGUGGCUCAAACAAUGGUCAAACGGUUCAUUAUAAUUGCAUGUUUAGUUCCAUUUGAUUGGUAGAGAAUGGGUCCAGCUCCAGCCUGGUUUGCUGCAUCAGUAACAUGAGAGGGGAUUUUGUUAAGGGACACAUGUGCUUCUGAAUCCCUGUGGAUCUAUUUUAGGUUGCCCCUUCACAUCCAGUCAUUUAAGUAAGUUGUUUAACACAGUCAUCAGCGGUCACUAGAUGUCACUGUCAUUCAUUAUGAGGCUAACGAGAGGCCAGAGAGAUGUAGUUGCUAGUCUAGAGUUUACAAAUUCCCACUUUGAUACCGGCACAGUAUCGUAGUGGGUUGCAAGAGGAAUCAAAGGAGGCAGAUUCUGCGGUAACUGUGCUGAUUGCUUGCUUUUUCUACUCUUCUCAAGUAAAACCCCUUUCUUUAAACAAAGCUGGUUAGAGAUUAGACUGCUUCAUUCAUAAGGUAUGUUUGGUUUGAAGAGGUCAAACACAAGCCUUUCUUUUCACAGUGCCUUUUAUAGUCUAAGGGGAUAUUGGCUGAGAACAGAGUAGUAGCGUUUUCUAAAUGCCAAACCAUUUAAAAAUUGUAAUUGUUAGUUUAAAAAAAAAAAAAAAAAAGAUGCAAAGAAGACCGUAUUUCGUAGACCUUGUUAACAGCAAAGUGCAUCUGAGCUGCUUUGACUACA